AUGGCCCAGUUUGAUGAGCAGAAGGCUUAUGUCGAGCAGGAAGACGUUGUUUUCUUCGACGAUGGCCGUGAGAUUGAGCUGCUUCACUUUGUCUACAGCCAGCCCAACAUUGAUGAGCUUCGCGGAUCGCCUGAGAAGAUCCUUGCCGUGAUUGAUAAGUAUGCGCGGACGAAAAAGUAUCUCAUGAAUGUGGGCGAGGACAAGGGCAAGAUUGUGACGGACUUGAUCAACGAGGUCAAGCCCCAAACCAUGGUUGAACUGGGGGGCUAUGUUGGAUACUCAACCAUCCUCUUCGGCGCCGCCGUGCGCCAAGUCGGCGGCUCGCGAUACUGGAGUCUGGAGCGAAACCCCGAGUUCGCCGCCGUCAUCUCGUCGCUCAUCGACCUUGCGGGCCUCAGCGACAUCGUCAAGGUCAUCGUCGGGCCCAGCGACGCUUCCCUGCGGCGCCUGCACAAGCAGGGCGCCUUGUCUAGCAUCGACCUGAUGUUCCUGGACCACUACAAGCCAGCCUACCUGUACGACCUGAAGCUGUGCGAGCAGCUGCACCUCGUCAGCCCCGGCAGCGUCCUCGCGGCCGACAACGUCAUCAAGCCGGGCAACCCGCCGUACCUGGCCUACGUGCGCAGCAGCGUGGCCGAGAAGCGAGCGGCGCUGGGGGCGAGCGAGGGUGACGCCGUGGCCGAGGGCUUUUCGGAGAGGACGGCGAAGCAGUACGAGAAGCGGGAGGGCCAGGAGCACUUGAAUGCUGAGGUUCUGGGAGAUCCCGGGUUGGUGUAUCAGAGCGUGUUGGUGAAUAGCUGGGAGCCGACGGGUGUUCCGGAUGGUGUCGAGAUUACGAGAUGUGUUGGAAAGGAGGAGUGGGUUGAGAAGGUGUAA